UAUAUUUAAGUUAAAUAGAGCUUUAAGAUUGGUUUAGACGUUGAAUAAUAUAUGAUGUUGUUUCGGAGAUGUCUUAAAUUUACUGGAUCAAAAUGGAAUACCCAUAAUUUACUGUUUUCUGGAGCAAUUUACAGCGCACAGUCGGAAGUAAAUUGUACACUGGGUCGACGCACAUACGUUACACAAGGUUCAAACCAAAGAAAACGCUACAACGUUGGCCUGUUUGGUUGUGGGCGGAUUGCAGGCGUCCAUCUUAAAAACAUUCUGAGCAACCGUCGUCUGGACUUGAAAUGGAUUGUGGAAAACGAUAUGAGGCGAAUACAGGAAGUGAAGGACGAGUUCUACCUCGAUGGAAACACUCCUUUCUUCCCCUCCUCGGAGAGAGACAGACUUUUGUCGGAUAAAAGCCUCGACGCCGUUGUGGUCGUGUCACCCACCAGCACACAUACAGAGUACAUCGUCCAGAGCCUCAAACAUGGCAAGGACGUGUUUACGGAGAAGCCAGCGGGCGAGUCUGUGUCCGACAUUCGGCUGUGUUACGAGACGGCCGAAAAUACCGGAAGGACUUUCCUCACAGGAUUUACUAGACGUUUUGACGAUUCGUAUCGAGACGUGAAGUCUGCUAUCGACAAUGGAACCUUGGGGAAAUUACAGGUCAUCAAAACUACGACCAGAGACUCGCCCAAACCGUCGUACGAGUUUCUUAAGUCCAUCGGUCAAAGUGACGUAACGUCAUUUCACUUCAGACUGGAUAUCCUCAUGUCAACACUUAAUGACAAUAAAGGUGUGUAUCUCAUCAUGAUGAGGACGAUGAAUGUAUUUGGCACAGGCGGUAUGGCACUGGCAGAGAACCCCCGGGAGAUUUCUACAGUUAUAGACGGGGAAAGUGGUGGUUCCACUCGUCGACUCUUUAACUCCUUCCCACAGAGGUUUGAGGCACCAUUUGCUGCGGAGCUGGACCAUUUCAUUAACUGCAUGGAUGGAACUACUACUCCACUUGUUACGAAGGAAGAAAGUCUGUGUGUUGCUGACAUUAUCGAAAAGGGUGUACAGUCGUACAGAGAAAAACGUGUCGUAUUUUUCUGAGUUUAUGUGAAGUAGAUAGACAAUAAAUAGCUUAAAAAA